AUGGCUAGUGGUAAAUUUCUCGGAUUCGUGGUCACAGCUAAUGGAAUUCGUUUAGACCCAGACAAAGUCAAAGCCAUCCAAGAGCUACCACCUCGUAGGAAUCUUAAGGAGCUUCGAGGCUUACAAGGACGGUUGGCAUAUAUUCGCAGGUUCAUUUCUAACCUGUCAGGGAAAUGCCAGCCAUUCUCAAAACUAAUGAAGAAAGGAGUGUCCUUCAUGUGGGAUGAGGCUUGCCAGAAAGCAGAAGCAAAAGAAGCUCUUAAAGAAGCUCAUGAUGGUAUUUGUGGAGCUCAUCAGCCUGGUCCUAAAUUGUGGGACCGACUAUGCAGAUUGGGUUAUUACUGGCCUAACAUGGUACAAGACGCUGUCACUUAUGCUAAACGAUUCCAUGCCUACCAGAUACAUGCCAAUUACAUGCAUCGACCGCCUGAGCAUCUUCAUCCGUCAACCACUUUAUGGCCUUUUGAAACAUGGGGAAUGGACAUUGUUGGCUCAGUAAGAUCACCCUCUUCCAAAGGACAUCACUUCAUUUUAGCAAUAACUGGUUACUUUUCUAAAUGGGCAGAAGCAAUCCCAUUGAGAGAAGUCAAGACGAGUGAUGUUGUUAAAUUCUUAAAACAUCACAUCGUAUACAGGAUUAAGAAUUUGGCUUUAACGGCUUAUAAUCCUGCUGCUAAUGGGCAAGCAGAAGCAUUUAACAAAACCAUCGUUAGAAUUCUCACUAAGGUUAGAUACUGCACGUUCAAAGAAGGUGACUUGGUUCUUACCGUUCUGUGUCCAAUGGUUUUGAACUCCAAGAAGAAAGGGAAGUUUGAGCCAAAAUGGAAAGGACUAUUUGUAGUAGAAACCAUCUACUCAAAUGGAGCUUAUCACCUUAUUACUCAAAAUGAUGACAAACUUAUGAUGCCUAUCAAUGGUAAAUUUCUGAAGAAAUAUUACCCAUAA